AUGGAGAACGAUGAUGAUACCAACUACAAGUUCGGCGUUAGCGAAGACCUUGUACAAUCUCCUGCUCAUAAAACUGCUGGCGCCUCCUCAAUCGACUUCGAUGGCCUACUUUCUACGCCACUGAAGUUGCAAGAAGAUCUGGCUGAAGGAUGUGGAGGCCAGCUUUGGCCCGCGGGCAUGGUGCUCUCAAAAUAUCUACUUCGAAAUCACAGGAAUACGAUGAAGGGCCGAACAAUCGUUGAGCUUGGCGCCGGAGGCGGUCUUGUCGGGCUCGCUGUGGCACUCGGCUGUAAUGUUGACAAGAACCUGCUUAUCACGGACCAAAAGCCUAUGUUCGCGCUCAUGCAGCAGAACAUCACUCUAAAUAACCUCCAAGGCCGCGUCGAAGCAGAUAUCUAUGACUGGGGAGAAGCUCCGCCUCCGAGCGUACCGACACAUCCAGACAUCAUCCUAGCCGCAGACUGUGUGUAUUUCGAGCCUGCGUUUCCACUGUUACAAAGAACGCUCCAAGACCUCAUUGGUGAAAGAUCGGUGUGCUUCUUCUGCUUCAAGAAGCGAAGAAGAGCGGAUAUGAAUUUUGUGAAGGCGAUCAAGAAGAUGUUCACUGUCGAGGAGGUCAGCGAUGAUCCGGAGAAGGAGGUCUAUGCACGAGAAAACAUCUUCUUGUGA